AUGUUCGAUUUCGACGUCCUCCUCUGUGUGCUGGAGGACAUCCACGCUUUAUCAUUCAGACCUGAUGAGUGGCAUCAACUGAAGCAGAACCUAGGUUCCAACGCCGGGGUUGCGAGUGCGAGUGAUUCUCGAGUGGACGGUCAGCCUCAUGAGUCUCAUGGGUGUGGGUCUGGGGGUGGUGUUGGCGCUGACCCUGAUGAUGACCUCCGUGACCUUCAUGAUGCUCGACCUCGUCAUAGACAAGGCCACAAUCACAAUGGUUCAGGUUCUGUCUCUCUGCAGUUGCUCAGAAGACUUCUUGCAACCAAAGAUGCCAAAAUCAACAGCCAAGCCAAGAUGCUGAAGUACUACCGACAGAGAUGCACACGUCUUCAGAAGCAAGUGAAUGAUCUCCGCUCAGAUAUUGUGAAUGACAUGGAACGGGAGUCCCGAGACACGCUGCACAUCACACGAGUGAAAUCUGACAGGGCCAAAAAGAAGGAGGUUCGUUGCCUCGAGUCAAACAAGAUUGAUGAAUAUUUCAGUAUCAAAAAAAAGCGCCUAGAUGCUCAAGAUCACAUCGACGCCUCCAUCAAUGAGCAGGGACCGGGACACACAUCACGCUCGCAGGGAUGGCUCACUCCCGAAGGAACGUUGUCGCUAGCCAUCAGGCGCAACAUGUCCAACUGCAGUGCAGAGGACCUGGGAUUGGUGAUCAUGGACGACUGCAGCAAACAAACAGUCCUGAGAGCGGAGUGUCGAUCAGGAGCGGCCCUGAUGGCAUCCGCGCACCAGUUUUUCCAACAACGGGACUCAGAGCUGUCUGACCGUCACAAUGAAGACGAUCGUUGCUCCUUCCUGUGGCUGCAGUACAGGGAGGAUGCAACGAACUCAUCCAAACAUCGGUCGAAGAUGACAGCGCUGGAAUUGCAGGCAUCUUAUGUUGUAGCUGCCCGACAUGACCUGCCGCGAUUGAGUCCCAAGGAUCUAACCUGCAUCAGAAGGUUGGCAGAUGUACUCCCCGUUCACCGCGGCGAUGGUCCCGCAACUUUGGCCCUGUGCAAGAAGAUGCUUGAGAGUUUGGGCUGUCCGACCUGGGAUACAUUUGUGGAACAGCAUGAGGCUGGUGUCGUGUGCCCUGUUCGCAUCGGUCACAUCGUAGCAUCAGGAUCCAGUGAGUCAGGGGAUGUAAUUUGCGGGCAUCAUGACGGUGUCGAUGUCGGUGUCGUGAUGUCGUGGACCCACAACAGCUUCGUUUGGAUCAUGUGCACCACAGACCGUGGUCCGAAUGAGAUUUGGACUAAGAAGGUUGUGCAGGCCAAGUUGAUGGAUGUUCCAUGGUGUUUCUUCCUUCCGGCCGACUGUUACGAACAUCAGGCACAUCUGGGUGUACUUGGCGGGUUGAAGCUGGUGGAUUCGUUGCUCGCUGGCAGACGCAAGUGGAAAUACUUCUCUAGUGUGGCUAUGCUUACCAACAUUCUCCGUGACAUCUCACAAGACCUGUACACUGCCUGGCGAACACUUCACGGGGAUGAAUCUGCUAACAAAUGUGUGAGGACUCUGUUUCCCAGGUGCAUUGCAGAGCGAUGGGGGUCGAUAGACCUGACGGAAACCCGCCUCUUGAAAGCUGGAGUGCCUGCGUUGCGAGCCACAAUGAUGCGAGUGUUCCAAUGCACGGAGUACAAUGAUCAAGACAAUGAUGGUGCGUACGAUGUCGACAUGCUGGCCGUUGAGGAGAAGAAGGAAUACCGGAAGCGCAUGGGCAGGUGGCGAACAAGUUCCAUGUCCACUGUGCGUGACCCCUUGUUCGAUGGCGUGGUGCAGGUGAUGAACCUGUGCCGCAAGCCUUUCAUCCACCUCAGCAACUACUUAAAGGCCAAGGUCUUGCCCACGGAAAAUGCUCCCAUGUUCCGGCUGGUGGUCGGGAAGGGGGCACAAAUCGGGCAAGAGUUUGACGACAUGCUCUGGGGUUCAGGUUCAUCGUCACGAUGGAGGGCUAUUAUUUCUCGAACGGACUUGGACAGUGAUGACGAUGCUGUAUGGCUCAUGUAUUUGGCGUUUGUGCAGAUCCUUCACAACGCAUCAUGUUUCCAUCGUAGGGUGCUGGAUACUUUGGAGGCGUAUCCGCAGAGACUCAUGUUGCUGGUGAAAGCACAUGAUUCUGAUUGUUGUGAGGAGCGCAAACAGGUCGCACGCGAGCUGCUGUCGGCCAAGCCAGACCAGCUGGAGAUCAACGCACGCAAAGUGAAGACGCUGUUCAAUGCAGAGUUGACUGUGGCUUCUAUUCAGGGAGUGCUUGUUGGGCCACUACGGGUUUGUAUGCGUGGUGUGGCCAGGGUUUGGCAAGCCGACACGCGGGAAAACGAGCGGGUAAACAAACAGCUCAAGCUGACCGCAGAACGUUGCCCCAACGCCUCUGUCGAGCUGCAAUCCAGCCGUGCAUGCAUCAAACAUUUCCUUGGCGAAGCUGGUCACGCUGGGUCCGGAAGCCAACGUCGCAAGUGGUCGACGUACAAACCCACAGCCUUGUCCAUGUUGCGGUCUUGCCUCACGGCUUGGCAUGAUAGGUUGCAAAUCCAGGAAGACACCACACGCUGGCAAGCACCUGAAGAUCCAGAAUUGCUGCCUCAGACCAAACUUGCACAGAUUGUUCGCCGGUUGUAUCCCUGUAAAGUUCCAGUAUCACAGAAGAAUUGGGCCGCUUGCUACAACAUGUUGUUGAGCCGUGCAUUGCAUGAUCGAGAGAGUUCAUCGGAUCGACACCACCAGGUGCCUGUGAUUUGUUUUGCACACAGAGCAGCGGGUGCUCGCAAGAGCACAUUCUCCUACUAUGUGGCCUGCGAGAAAAUCCGGUCUUCACACCGUCUGGUCGAGUGCUCACUGUCAAACAAUGGUGGCGACGACAACAAGUGGGUGCACGUUCGCAAGCCCUUAACCUUUCACAACUCCAUCGAUGUGAUUGCUUCUCACUAUUGCAAUGUGGCCGGUGCAUCGGGCAUGGUACAAAUAUGCAUCGUCCCGGUUCACAGGUCCACUGCUUCAAUGUGUGACCUGAGUCUCGUCGGUGCUUACGGAACGCAAGCACCCGUCCCUGUGACUACGCUCAAACCACCUUCCAAGAAACUCCAGAAGAAACUGUGUUCCACAGAUCCGCAACACAAUGAUUCGGGAAAGGAUGCCGCUGAUGCCGCUGGUGUAGACAACGGGGACGAGUCCGGAGAUGAUGUAGCUCCUGAUGCGGAUGCGUGUGGGGAUUCGGAGAUCAUGGAGGGGAUGCACUUCCUGAUGGAGGAAGCUGAGGCGGAUGCUGAUGCUGAUGAUGACGACCACGGUGACCAAGAGAUUGCGGCUGCUUGCGCCGCACUCAACAAGGCCACCGAUGAGUCGUCCCGGGCCUUUUUCGUUUCAGACUCUAUCGAGCAAGAUGAAGAGAUCUUGCGCACAGACAUUCAGGAGGAGGUCAUGGAGGAAACCAUGCUAUUCGCGGACACCGAAAGGGCACACGAUGCCUUACGCACUGGUGUGUGCCCGAUGCUCCCUCCCCGUGUCAUUGCCUCCUUUGCUACGGCUGACAUGGACCUGGAUGGGCACGCACAGGCCGUCGAAGCAGUGCUGAACCAGGCCAGCGUCAUGGGCAACAGUGUGGACUACAUGUCUUCUGUCAACGAUGCUGAUGGUCAAUCAGGCGGCACAAGUGGUGGAGUUUCCGAUAUAGCCUCUGCUUUGACUCAGUGGCUAUCAUGUGUCCAGAAAGGAGUCGAUUCACUGGACUAUUAUGCAUGGUCCCAGGGCAAGCGUCCCGGCCAAGAUCAGGAAUCAGGAGUCUCAUUGGUGUCUUUACCUGAAGUGUCAACGGAGUCCACGUCCACGAACACUCCGUCACAGUUCGUGUUUGUGCAGUGGACAGACCCUGGUAUCCGUGGGCGGAUUGCUGAUUUUGAUCCGAACACAAACCGCUUGAAGUGCAUCGUUCCAGUCGGAAACAAGCGGACACCCAUGAACUUCGUCGAGAAGGGUGCAUCGAUUCUGAUCCCUGCCACAGGUGUGCGUGUACUUCGUGAGCGAAGGACCCAAUCGACACUGCAUCAUUUUCAGGCCAAUCAAGUUCCAGCUGUGCUUCUCCGCAUGAUUGACAUGCUUCGUGCCGCACAGAGCAAACUGAUGGAUGAUAUCGAUCUCGUUAUGGAUGAUGCAGUGUGCUUCGUUUGUGGGCAAUGUGACUCCGUGUCGGAUGGUGUUGGGUCCGAUGUGAGGCUGGCAGAGACCGACCCACCACGGACUAGCCCAUCGGGCCCGUUGGCCCUCUGCCCUGUCUGUUUGCUGCACAGUCACCGCGGUUGUUGUGACAAGGUCUUGGCGGAGUGUCACUCGCGCGUCGAUCAGGGUUCGGCUAGCUGGCCAAGUCCGUCUUCGUCUGACCUUCCUCGAGCGCUUCGCGACACCGGUGUGCAGGGGGGCCUAGACUCUAGACUGCCUAAUGAACCUCUAGAGUGCUAG